CUCAGCCACAGAAGAAUGUUUAAAAAACUCACCAAAUUCAUCGUAAAUCAAAUGGAUCCGAGCAAGGACCUGGUCCCUGUUGAGAGCAUCGCAGACAAUGAGCAUUUCAGGCCACUCUGUCUACUGAAAAAAAAAAACAAACCAAAAACCAUAUUCCACCCGGCUCCCUACUACCAGUGGACAGGGUUCACACUGCAGGAUGUGCUGCUGCCCGGAGAAGAUGGUGAAAGCAUAGAGUCCCUCCUUCAAGAUUCCACCCAAUUUACUCUCACAAAAACCUGCAAUGACGAAACUGAUGGAGGUCUCAGCAUUUCAUUUGACCCUGCAAGAGUAGAUCUGCAAGGAGGUGCCUCCUUGUCCAAGGUAUUUUCUGUCAAGCCACAGAAGAAGAAGUUAUCACAGCAGUCACUGGAGACACUGACAAAAAAAAGAAAAAUCAACAUGGAUCAUUCAUUAAUCCGGCAACUACAGAGUACAGACGUCAAUCUAUACAUGGUCAUUGAAAUCCUCGAAGCCUCAGAGGAGACUGUCUACAAGGAAUCCACCAAGGCAGACGGGGGCUUCAUGGCCAGUUGUUAUGCCACACUCUAUGCAAAGGGCAACAGAGACAAGAACCAAGACAUAGUCAUACCCAAGGGCUGCACUCUGGCCUUCAGGACCGUCCCAAUACGCAUUAGAGAUGGAGAAUGGGAAGUGGUUCACGAGCCAACAGAAGGCAUGAGAAGCCUAAAUCUGAAAGAUGAAUCAACUGGAGAAUUAGAAGAAGUGGUGAGAGAAGUAGAAUACCACUGUCAAAUUUUCUCCAGCUUGUCUCCUGACCGCCUGCUCAUUGUCUUCAACACCAUCACAGCUGUCAUGAGAGACAAGAACCUCCUUCAAGAGCUCAGCCAGAAAAUGGAAGAUAUUCCUGAGCAAAAUGAUGGUCAUGAGAUGAAAACUGAAAGCCCAGACUUUAAAGACCUGUUCAGCAUCUUACAGCAUAGUUCAAGACGUUGUCUCCUUCACCUGGCUGACGGAAUCACCUACAUCCUUGAUGCUUUGCAUGAGUUAAUGGACGAUCAGCUGCUGCGGCUGCUGGAAUCCUUGGAAAGGAAGAUUCUGUCCCAACAGCUGAACCUGGUUGCACAGCUACUGAAACAUGACCUGGAGGAUAAGAUGUGUCAUUUCCAUGUGGAUGCCAGGCUGCUCUCCUUCCAACACAAGGAGGAUCAGAUGUUAACCAUGGAACUGGUAGAGAUGAGUGGAGUGCAGCUCCAGGAAGAUGGAUCAGCUGUCCCUAGGGAUCAACCCCUCGAGGCCGUGGCAGCCCUGUUUGUGGCCCUGUACGCCCUCAACCUCCUGAGUGGCUCCAAGCAGGACACACCAGGCCCUGCCCAGGGAAACCCUCUGUAAAGCAUCAGGAAACCUCUGCUGAACAACCAUCUUUCUCUCCCAAUAUGAUUGUUGCUAAUGCUCAAGGCUGCUUAGGCUCACAUAAGCAAAUUUAAGGCUGGACAAUUAAUUCUUGAUGCUAUCAUAGGCUGGAUAUCAAUGUGGAUUUUUCUGUCUGUCUGUCUCCCCAAGAUUACCAAGGUGCAACAGGAAAAUCCACAAGUUCAAUGAAUCCCAGGCCUGCCAGCAGUGCUUCAAGUAAUUCUGCUUCCCUCAAAAUGCUGCUGCUGCUUCUGCAAUCAAUAAAUGGAGAAGGGAAGGAUAAAGGGAAUGGGAAGGGCAGGGGAAAU